AUGGUGUUGUUGAGAAGCAACAAAGUGACGAUGGAACCGCCGAAGUCGACAGAAGCGGCGGAACCAACGAACCCGGCGGCGGAACCGUCGAACUCGACAGAAGGAUCUGUUCCUUUCGUUCCGGAACCGACGAAGUCGACAGAACCGGCGACGGAACCGGCGCCGAAGUCGACAGAAGCGGCGGAACCAACGAACCCGGCGGCGGAACCGUCGAACUCGACAGAAGGAUCUGUUCCUUUCGUUCCGGAACCGACGAAGUCGACAGAACCGGCGACGGAACCGUCGAACUCGACAGAAGGGCGGUUCGACAAAAGAACUGUCGAAUCCGACGAAAGCGGGGGAAGUGCCAAAUCCUUCGCAAACAGCGGAACCGACCACGAAUCUCCGCCGAGAGAGGAGACGGUGGUGACAGGAGAGGCGGAAACCGGAGAAGCAAUGCCCAAAGAAAAAGAAGCCCAAACUGAGGAGAAGAUGAGCUCAGAAGGAGUUGAAUCGGAAAAAGAAGAUGAAUCGGAAAAAGAAGAAGAGCACGAAGAAGAGAAAGAUGAAGAGGAGAAGGAAAUGGUAUCGGACGAGGAAUUGCGUGGUGACGAAGAGAACAAGGAUGAGGAGGAUGAGGAGUAUAAUGAUGACAAUGAUGGCGAGGAAAAUCGACAAUCUCCACAACAGCAGGAAGAAAUUCCUCAACCGGAUCAAACCCCACCGGAAGAACCACUUCAACCGGAACAAACAGAAGACGCUGAAGCAAUGCCUUCAGAUGCACAUGUCUCUUCUUUUGCACCGGUCAUGGUUGAUGAUGAAUAUAUACCACUGCCACCAGAGAAGUUUUACUUUCGUCCAGAUCAGUAUAGAAAGAGUUGUAGGAUAUCAUCGAGGUGUUAUGUGAAUGAUACGGUCAAGGACAUCAAGGAAAUUCCUCAGGCGUUGGAAUGGUUUUCUAGUCAUCCUCAGUUUAAGCAUAUCUUUCAUAUGCCUCUGGUGGAAAACCGUAAAUCAAAAGGAUUUUGGAUGCUUCUUCUGCACCUAGCUUGUACUGAUAGUGACAGAGAAUUAUGCAACUAUGGGGAGCUGAAGGACAAGGAUGCCGGCGAUUUCAAGUUUGUUGAAAAGUGGUUCAAGAGAAGGACCAAUAUUACCAUAGCAGAUGUGAAGAAGAAGCUACGGAAAAUGAAGAGCGCUGUUAACAAGAAGAAGAUGGCUGCGCUAUAUUUCUUAACCAAUGUCUUGAAAGCGAAGUCCAAAUAUAAAGGAAACAUAGAGCCAUUCUUUCUCAAAGUCGUGGAUGAUUUGGACUUGUGCGAAAAAUUCCCUUGGGGCCGUUUGACCUUUGAUGAUUUGGUAGAUGAAGUUAAGAAAGUAGCGAAGAAGUUCAAGGGAGGCGUCGUCAACGAGAAGGAUUCAUGGACCUUUUCUGGAUACAUUCUUCCUAUUGAGGCUUUUGCGUAUGAGUGCAUUCCUGCGCUUGCUCGAACCUUUCGAGAACCUGUUCAUGCAGAGAGCGACUGUCCAAGGUUGUGCAAGCACAAUUUCAAAGCGACUUACAUGAAAGUCGACCUUUGGAGAAACCAUCUAAUCGUCCAGAAGAAGAAGAUAUGGUGGGAGUCUCUGUACAAGAUUGACUUGGCCGGCAGAGGUAUCACCGAGUUUGCAAAUGAAGUACCAAUGCAGGCACCUGACAACGGUGGAUCAGUUCAGGGAAUGAUGGAAACGAUGAAAGCUUUGAUCGAGGAAGCAACAAAGAAGUUGGAGGAUAAGAUGGAUGAUGUUACCUCAGAGAUUAAGGCAAUGGUUGGGGACUUAGAUGAGAGACUUGAUAUGGUUGAAUGUUCUGCUUUUCGGACUCCGGCCGAGAAGAUUGUAGCAGGGGAUAUAAGUGAAGAAGAGGAGGAGGCGGAGGAGGAGGCAGAGGAGGAGGAGGAGGAGGCGGAGGAGGAGGAGGAGGAGGAGGCGGAGGAGGAGGAGGAGCAAGUAGCAGAACCGCCAAAGAAGAGAAGAAAAGAAACUCCAGCAGAGAAAGAGAAGAGGACAAUCAAACCUUCAGCUAUUCUCUCAUCUCCAUAUGUGGCUGGUCAGGCAAAUAGAAAAAGAAAAGGCAAGACAAGUGGAAAAGGGAAAGGAGGUGCAAAAAGACCGUACAACACACGUAGGUGA